AUGGACCCAACAAGGAAUCGUACGGUUCGAGCCGACAGAGACACCACGGCGACCGGCAAGAAGAAAGGAGGGGGCCUUGCUGUGCUCAUGAACAUUACGUGGUGUCACCCUGGACACGUCUCUGUUAAAGAGCAGUUUGUCAAAUGUGUCACCUGUGAAAAUAAGACUUUGGACCUGCUGUACGCAAAUGUUAAUGAUGCUUACAGCUCCACUGCCCUGCCACCACUGGGCAGUGAAGGUUUCGAGUCUCCAAGAGCUCUGAUGUCCUGUGGUCAUGUCCCAUGGCUAAUUUCCAACUAUUUGCUUUUUCAUAUUUUAAUAAAGGGUAAAAGCAGAUUUGUGUGUGGCCAGAUGAAUUGUGAGGUGGAGUGGUCUUAUGAGGAAGUUUGUAAAAUGGCUCUUCUGACCCCUGAAGAAAAGAAGUACUUUGAAAAAACCAUGGCCUCCAAUUCUCUCAGGACUUACUUUGAUACCAAAAAAUGUCCUGGCUGCAAGUCUUCUGUUGUGAGAAAGAAUGAAAAUAACCUGAAUGUCUGCUGCAAAGUGUGCGAAGCAAACAAGGGAAAGACUUAUGAAUUCUGCUGGCAAUGUCUGAAGGAAUGGAAAGGUCCACGACCCCGGUCAGACCGCUGUGACAAUGAUGGCUGCGACAACGAGGCUUUAAAAAUAUUAAAGAACUGUCCAGUUAUGGUCUUUGAGUCUGUGAAAGGAGUCAAUGAUUGUCCGUCUAUCCGUGCCUGUCCAACUUGUGGCACAUUAGUGAAACACAGCACAAAAAAAUGUAAAAAUAUUGUCUGUCAAGGAUGUAAAGUGGAGUUCUGUUUUGUGUGCCUGAAGACCACUAAAGAGUGUUUGGAAUUAAAACCAAGUGGUUAUUUUACACAGUGCUCCAGUGAUGUUGCACCGAGACAGACCUCUAUACCUGUGCAGAAGAAGUGAGAAGAACACGUGCUGUAUGUGCUUCAGUUUCUUUUGAUAAUUUAUUGUGAUUUUGUUUUUCAUUGAACUCCAGUGCCCAUUGUUGUGUUUUCCGUCUGUCUGUGUUUGAACAUUUGAAAUCAAAUUUCUUCAUACAACUUUAUGUCUACAAAUAUUACACAUAUUAGUAUCAGAAUCGCCAAAUAUUAUCUGUGUACGACGGUGUAAAGGAAUGACAAUAAAUGUGAAUCAUUUAAUCGA